ACUCUCCAACCUUUCGUGAAUGAAGCUUUGUUGAAAAGCACCCAGAGAACUGGGGAGGGAAUCGAAAGAAGGCAGCUAAGGGCACAUGGAAAAAGGGAAACGGGGAAGAGAGGGGAAAGCGGGCAGGCAGGCAAGUAAGCAAGCAGGGGAAAGCGCGGGAGGUUCACGAGAAGGUGGGGGGGAAUGCGACUGCGGGAAGGGCAGCGGCGAGCCGAGGAUGCUGCUGAGGCGGGAGAGGAGAGCAGCGCAGAGCCUGACGCAGCCGCGCAGUCAGCAGGAGCCUCGCCAGCCCGUCGCCUCUCGCGCCCCCAAGGCACAGCGUCUCCCCCAACCCCCCCAACCCAGAGCUUGCGCGUGCCGCGGCCACGCACCUUCCCCGGCAGCUUUACGCGGCGGCGGCGGUGGCCCUCUGUGGAGCGAGAGGUGGACUUGCCGCCUUCGGCGAGGCAAGCGAAGUCCACCCCCCCUCUCCCUCUCCAGGAUGUUCGCCCAGCAACAGCAGCAACCGGAGCCGGCGCCGCCUCCUCGGGGCUGAGUUGCCCGCCGGCCCACGAGGCAGGCGCUGGGUCGCUCCCUUUUUCGGGGUUUCCCUCCCGGCGAGGAGGGGCCGAAGCAGCGGCAGGGCUGGUCUCCGGCCCCCAGUUCGGGUUUGCGGUGCAUGUUCGCUCCCUGCGAAUGCGUGAGGCGAGGGGGCAGAAGGACCAUGAAAAUGAUUCGGUUCCGUAGCUCGAGCAUCAGGUCGCUGAGCCAGGAUAUGAAAUGCACAAUCCGUCUGUUGGACGACUCGGAGAUUUCCUGCCACAUCCAGAGAGAGACCAAAGGCCAGUUUCUCAUAGAUCAUGUUUGCAAUCACUACUGUUUGCUAGAAAAAGACUAUUUUGGCAUUCGCUAUGUGGAUUCUGAAAAACAGCGGCAUUGGCUUGAGCCCAAUAAAUCUAUCUUCAGGCAAAUGAAAUCUCAUCCACCAUAUACCAUGUGCUUUAGAGUGAAAUUCUACCCGCAUGAACCCCUGAAGAUUAAGGAAGAGCUCACCAGGUACCUUUUAUACCUCCAAAUCAAAAGAGAUAUUUUCCAUGGCCGUUUGCUGUGUGGGUUUUCUGAUGCUGCUUACCUGGGAGCGUGCAUUAUUCAAGCUGAACUAGGUGAUUCUGAUUCUGAUGAACAUGUGGAUAAUUACGUCAGUGAAUUUAAGAUCUUCCCUAAACAAUCUCAAAAGCUGGAAAGAAAAAUUGGCGAAAUACAUAAAAAUGAAUUCAGGGGCCAGAGUCCAGCUGUUGCUGAAUUUAAUUUAUUAUUAAGAGCACAUUCAUUAGAAACCUAUGGUGUUGAUCCUCAUCCUUGCAAGGAUUCAACUGGGACCACAACAUUUUUAGGAUUCACAGCCACAGGUUUUGUGGUUUUCCAGGGAAAUAAAAGGAUACAUUUGCUAAAAUGGUCUGAUGUCUGUAAAUUGAAGUUUGAAGGGAAGACAUUUUAUGUGAUUGCAAUUCAGAAGGAGAAAAAGGCUAUGUUAUCAUUCCAUACUUCUACACCAGCAGCUUGCAAGCAUCUCUGGAAAUGUGGUGUGGAGAAUCAGGCUUUUUACAAGUAUGCAAAAUCAAGCCAAAUCAAAACCAUGUCCAGCAGCAAAAUAUUUUUUAAAGGCAGCAGAUUUAGAUACAGUGGAAAAGUUGCAAAAGAAGUUGUUGAAGCAAGUUCAAAGAUCCAGAGGGAGCCUCCAGAAGUACACAGAACCAACAUUACUCAAAGUCGUAGCUCUUAUUCUUUAAGCAAACAACUCAUAAUUAACAUGGAACCCCUGCAACCUCUCCAUCCAUCACCAGAUGACCAGGAAGAGGUUUUUUCUGAUGAAGGGGAAGAUCCUGCUAUCAGUCCCCACCUGGUACAGCAAGAUCCCAUCCCUGUACUCCUUCCUGGAAGCCUUACAACUUGGAAAUCUGGAUCUUUCUCCAUUCCACGUGAUACUCCUUCCCGUAUCCGCGCCCCCAAAUCUCUUGAGAAUAGCGUGAUGGGAAUCCAGCUGCCGAAAGAAGAUGAUAUUUCUCUCCCUGUGAUAUCAAGCUCUCCAACUAAAGAAACAGAUGAUGGUUCAGAUCUUUCAGUUGAGGAGGGUGAGAAAAUCAAAGAGGAGCCUUUAACAAUUUCAGAAUUGAUCUACAAUCCAAGCACCAGCUUGCUCCCCACUCCUGUUAAUGAUGAGGAGAUAGACCUUCUCUUUCAAACUUCUCCAAGGGCAGAAAAUGGGAAAGAAGAUACAGAUUCAUUUGAGGAACUGGAGGCGGAUGAAAAUGCAUUCUUGGUUGCAGAGGAGGAAGAGUUGAAGGAAGCCCGAAAAGCACUUAGGUGGAGCUAUGACUUUUUGAUGGGUAACUUGAAGGUAAAUGCUGCUGUGAAGAGUUUUUCCAGACUUCUUUUUGUUGGGCUUGGGCUAUUGCUUGUGGUUUUCCCUCUACUACUUGUCCUUCUGGAAUCAGACCUUGACAUCUCUUUCCUCCAUGAAAUCCGCCAGACACCAGAGUUUCAACAAUUUCACAUUGAAUAUUACUGUCCUCUCAGACAGUGGAUAGCCUGCAAAGUAGACUUCAUUAGCCAUUUGUUUGGCAGCUCUUAAACAUAAAAAAAAAAUGUGCAAAACUAAGGGCUAUAUUCAAAACUAGUGAAUUUUAGUCAGUAGUUAGGUGCUCAUAAACAUCCUGCAGGUUAUCUUCAAUUAGUUCUUUAUUUUGAUAGACAAUAACUUCAAAAUUCUUACAUUUACUUUUCGUAAUUGAAUAAUUGAUGUAGUAGUGGCCUUUAAGUAACCAAAAAGCAGUCUUUAUUUUUAUUUGCUUUCCUGUUUUUAUCAGUAAUUAAGCUGAAGAGAAAGCUAUCAUUUCUACCAUAUCAAGCCAUGAUAUCCUAAUUUUAAGUAUUUACUACAAGUAGAAGAGGAUGCUUUUGAAUAUAUUCCUUAGUAAAACAAUAUCUACUAACCAAUGCCUAUAUAAGUACCUACCAAUUGCUCGGGUUUUAUUAUUUUUUUUGUUUGAUUUUUUUCAUUUAAAAAUAUUUUUAUGUCUUUACAAAUUUUGGUAAAUUUUUAGCAAAUGCAAUUUCUGAAAAUAUUUAAUGUACAGAUGAAUAAAUGCACAAAGACAUAACAUGAAUUUUUAAAGCGUUUUAUCAUUUUUAAAAAAGACUAAUAUUCUUCAAGAUAUGCACAAGGUGAAUAAUUCAGAUGGAAAACAAGCAUGUCUGAUCUAUAUGGAAAGACUGAUUAACAAGUUUUUGGAAGAAUUAUACAUUAGGAUAAAUCAGUGUAACUGUGAUUUAUAGGUGAGAAUUCCAUGGGAGGAGAAGAUACUCCUUUCUUUGUACAUUGUUUUUUUUUCUGUAUGCACAAUCAGCUCGGAAGGGUAUUUGCAGAAAAAAAUCAGUGGAUGCAGAAAUGGUUAAGCAUACUCUCCUAUCGGUUGAACCUGUCCUGCAUAUUCCUCAUGUCUCUGAGGAAUAUUAAUAUUAAGCAGCAGAUACAUGACCAGUAUAAUGUAUAGUACCACAUUGCAGAAGCUGUUCUGAAACUGAAGAGUGGGAUAUAAUUUUCUCAAGAUGGAAAUUUGGAUUUUUACUUUGAUGCACUCAUGAAAGUUUUUCUUUGCAAAGUAGUACAAAUACAGUUUUGAGGGAGAUUUAGAAAUUUUGAAUUGAGUGUACAUGAUUGUAAGUUACAGAGAAAUGGUGAUUUAAAAAAAAUAAAAAUAAAGCUAAACUUACUAAAAUACAUAACAAAGAUAGAAGUUUCUGUGAAAAACUUCUGUGAAUUUCAGACACCUGGAAAAAGUUAAUUUCUGAUUAUAUUCAUUAUUUUUCAUUACGAUAAAUCCCAAAGUCACAAUUUCAUGCCAUUAUUUUUAAGCAUGCUUUCUUACCUGGUGUAAUUAACAAUGGAUGCACAUGAUUUAUUUAUAAAAAGUCCUUUUGAAGUGGUGUAUUGUUAUCUUUGUUGUCUUGAUGGAGAUUUUGUGCCUGUGUAAAACACCAAGCUCUUUUAAGAGGAUGUGACUAAAAUCUCAUGUAUUUAAAGAAGAUCAACAUUUUCACAUGCCCAAUUUUCAAAUGUAUGGAGGUAGAAGCAGAAGAACUAAACUGAAUAGCAUAUUUGCCAAUCUGGAUUUCAUGAGACAAAAUUCACUCUUCCCCUUUCCUAACUAUACCAGCAAUAUUUACACACAGUCCUACACUUGUUUCCUUAGAAAUAUGUUCAGUUUAGAUCCUUGUUCGAGAUUAAUAAGAUUACAGCCUUUUGUUUCAAGGAAGCUCCCAAAGCAUUCUUGUUCUAUUAAAGUUUUAGAAUUGGUGUCUAUUAUUACAAAAUAAUAAAUUAUUAUUUUUUAAAUAAUUGAAUAAAUGUAUGAAGUACUUAAAGUACAUUUUAAACUUAAAGUUAAAUUUUUUAAAAAAUAUUUUUAUUUACAUUUCCUAUUAAAAAUAUUGCAACAAAACCUAAUCCAUAUUUCAUCUACUUUCUAAUAUAUAAACCUUUCUAACUAACUCCCAUGUAAUUCCCAUGUGCUUAAUUAAAAAUCAGAUUGUGUUUGUAAUUUGUAUAAAGAAUAUGUAUGCACUCUAGAAGAAAUUAUGAGCUGAUUUAGAAUAGUUCAUUUUCUGGAGUUCUCAGAGUUGCUAAGAGCAACUGGAUCAGGACACAAGUUUUAAACUAGAUUUCUUUUUUUAUAUAAUUGGCUAGUUGAAAUGCUUGGGUAAUUUCCCUUUCAUGUAUUACAUCAUCUAAAAAGUAAAUACUUGUAGGUUUUUUUAGAGCCAUCUUUUCAAUCAUAAGUAAAUAUAUGAAAUGUUUUUAUGACUGAAACCAUUUUAUCUUCAGUGUGUUUUUGAGCUCUUCCUUAAUUAUUUCAUUGCUAAGAAAAAUUCUAUUUAUUAUUUGGUGAUAUUAAUCCUGUUUGAAACUUUGAGCUGAAUCAAAACCCAGUCAGGAAGCAUCUAUUGUGGUUUUCCAAACCAAAAUAACAGUAAUCCUAGAGAUAGUUAUAAAAGUAGACUAUAUAGAUAUUGCAAAUAUUAUAAUAGCAAUAAAUCCAAACUCUUGUCUUGGUCCUCUGGGUAUUUAUACCAAGCUCGUUAUAGAUCCUGGAUUCUAAAAUGUAGUCUUGUCCAUGUACUAUUGCUCCAAAAUCAUUAGAAACCUUUGUUAGUAGUAGUUAAUUUGAUCUGGGAAAGAUUGAAUUGCUUGAGGAACCAGUUACCUCAGAGAAUAAACUGUGCAAUAAGGAUAUGUAUACAAUGAAUGGCACGUGCAUGUACAUGAAGGGAUAGAGAUAUAUCAAUCAAAUUGUGAGGGCUCUUUUCUAGAUUCUAGACAUGAGAAAAGACUGAAGAAUAUGUACAUAAAUCAGAGAAGUCUUGUCUCCAGAACUGGAAGUACUGGCAUAUGAAGAGUUCGUAGGUGCAGUAUUGUGUAUUUCUGUUUGUGCUUGGACUAUAUUGUAGAACAUUCUGUACUUGACGUAUAUUUUGUGGUUUGUUUAAUAUUUAUAAACACAAACUCUGGGAAGAAUUAAAUAGGGAUUAUUUCUCUGAAAUGCAAAUGGGCAAGAAUUCCUGGCAUGGGUAGGGCGGGAAAUAUAAACCUGUAAACUUGAGCCUUAUCUUUGUAAAGUGAAUUUAACAUUUCUAUGUCCACAUCUUGACUGUUUUAUAUGUUAAUGUAAUGAUAAGACUCCCUAAUAAAAAUACAUUGAAAAGAGCCA